UUAAGUUUGCUUCUUUUACAUUUUCUUCAAAAUAAUGAGUUUAAAACAAAUAAAAAGUUGCUUACUUCAUACCAAAACGCAUAGUUAUUUGAAAUAAGUGCAUAUAAAACCAUGACGUUGGCUUUUAUGUCCUCAUUACAAAAGAGCAAAUGGGAAGUAGGUGUUGAGGAAGUGCAUUGCUAGCCCUUCCGAUGUUGUCAUAUCACUACAUUCAAAAAAUCAUGAGAUCUCUCAUGAGUCGUCUAGUGACAGACAUGAAGCUGUUGAUUUGGCUGGCCUUACUGCUGAUCGUCUUUUCAAGAGCAGAGAAUAAUGAAAACUGCAGAUUACAGCAGACCCAGAAGAUCUGGCGCAAAACGGGAGGAUCAGUAAAUCUCUCUUGUAUCAUCUCAGUCUGCUCAUCUGGCAAAAUUGAGUACAAGUGGUUUGUUUUCAAAGAAGACAGGCAUUUUGCCCUGAAUUCCAGCGGCACAUACAGUUUGAAUGCUGAAAACUUAACCAUCAAGUCGUUGAAUAUUGCUGACAGUGGGAUCUACUACUGUGGUACAGGAAAAACCAAAUGCUGCAAUCCGCUUGUAGGGCUUGGUACGACUCUUGUAGUGACGGGUAAAACUAGAAAUCUGCUGUUGUUGGCAUUAAUCCUUCUGGUCAUCUUUAACCUCGCUAUAGUAACGUUCAUCAUUCUAAAGAAGUAUUGCUGGAAGAAAACAUCUAGUUUGAAGACAUCUGUAGACGUCAAGGAUAGUGUGAGGAAAAAAUCCCACUUUCGCAACGUGCUGCAAGAACUCCACAACAGAGAGAACCUGAGGAAAAGCAAAAACACAGCCACACAAAACCCCCUUGAGACGAAAAGAGACCCGGGCCACGUUUCUACUGACAGCAUCUACCAAAAUGUCUGAGCUGCAUGCAAACACAGCAGACGUCCAUCUGCUUAAAAAUGAAGACUUUGUCAAGAAACAAGAGAUGGAAUAUGUUUAAUGAAUAAGAUAUGAACAUUUGCUGUAUUCAAUUGUAAACUAAAAAUCAAAAGAUAGAUGCAGUGUUACCUGGAUUCCAUUAAAUGUAUUUUAUAAUCUGAUAUCUUGUGUUAUAUAUAUAUAUAUAUAUAUAUAUAUAUAUAUAUAUAUAAAAACUACACAGAUGUCAAUUAUGUAUAAAUUAUAGUUAUGUAGAGCUAGUAUGUUCAAAGUCUGGCCCCUGGGCCCAUAUUCAAAUUUCUACCUACCCACAAUACUAAGCAGCCCCCAGCACUUACUAAGAAUGAUCAUUUCUUGAUUGCAAUUAGCUAAUUUACAUUAUAAGUCAUUGUUAACCUUCAAAGCUAAAUGAGAAUAGUGGAUUUGUUUAUUUCUGUGAUCAAAACCAGUAGUUUGUACUUUUGAAUUUGUAUUUCCUUUUCACAUUAUUUCAAAUGUCUUUAAUAAGCAUUUAAUUUUGAAAAAUAUGAAUGGAAAUUUAAUAUUGACAAAAAAAUUGUGUUUUAUUUCUGAUCUUCAAAUGUGAAAAUGACAAUUUUUGUGAAAAGUAUUAUACGUAUAAUUCUGUUCUAUGUGAAGAAAUGUAAUGUAUUGAAAAGUAGAAAAAAACAUGUUUUAAAUGUACUAAAUAGCUCCUUUGCUUUUAAUGUCAUUUUAAGGAUUCAAAGAACUCAGAUCGAUACUGUCUCUCAAAUUUUCCACUCUUUUUGCCCUCUUUGCAAAGAAAUUUGACUCUUGUAAUGUAGAUAAAAACGUACUGUGUGUUGUUAAUUGAUUUACAUUCCAAAAAUCUCACAAAAUUAACAAAUGACAGUGGAAAAAGACAAAUAUUUAAAUGUA